UUGCAUUUGUCUGAAACCGAAGAGUGGAAACAUGGAAACUCCCGUGAGAACUGAUACAACUGAUCUUCAUAUUACCACCACACCGCUGAAUAAUGUAAACACCCACCGCGGUGGUCAGGCCGAGUUCUCCCCUGUUAUGAUGGAUAAAGAUGUGGAUUCUGCAUUGCUUGUUGAACUAAGGCAGUUUCGUUCAGACAUUAUUACCCGGUUGGACAGUCAGGCAAGGGCAAUUACGCAAUUGCAAUAUCAAUUUUCACAGACCAAAACGGACCUAGACAAUCUAGUAAAAAUUAUAACAGUCAUUGAAAGUAAAGUGACACAGGCUCAGAACUACCAAUCGCAGGAGGCGAUAACAGAGGAAGUAACUCAGAGCUCGCCUACCACAUUUGCUGAAGCUGUGACCUUAAACACUUCGCCCAACACUCAACCCACCAACAUCGCAACUAACCAGCAUACUACCGCCAGAAUGCAAAAAGUAAAUAACCGUGUGGCCACGAAGUCCGCUAGGUCGGCCGCCCAUUUGAGCAUCACUGAUACAGGACCUACCAUGGAUCAUUUAAAAAGUGUGGACGACAGACCAAUUAACCAAGCUGGCUGGACUGCCGUGCGAAACAAGAAAUUCAGCCGUUUAUCUAAGGAUGUCAGUGUUGGAAAGAAUACUGAGAUAAAGACAAUACUCGCUGCAGAACGAAAGAAACACCUACACGUAUGGCGACUACAUCCCGAAACCACAGUAGAAGCUAUGACUAACCACGUUAAAAAUAUUUGUGGCAAAGACGUGGUUGUAAAGAUUGAGAAAAUUAAGCACAAAACAGAACGAGACUAUUCAUCAUUCAUAAUAGGAGUACCAGAACAAAUGUAUAGCGAGUUAAAUAAAGCAGAGGUUUGGCCGGUUAAAGCGGAAUUUAAGGAGUGGAUUUGGUUUCGUGGAUAUACCAAAAAUACAUUCAACGAGCAGCAAUAAUAUAGAAAUAUAUUAUCAAAAUGUAAGGGGUCUUCGUACAAAAUUAGAAGUCUUCAGGAACAAUAUAAUAUCAUUUGAUUCGGACUUAUACGCUAUUACGGAAUCUGGCUGCAACGAAUCCAUUCACGACGCUGAAAUUGUACCUCAGGGAUAUAAGAUAAUACGAUGUGAUCGGAUGGAUGGGCGUAAGCAAGGCGGCGCGCUUCUCGUGGCCACACACCGGUUCGAACUGCGACAGGUACAUGUCUCGGACGCAUUGAUAAACACCUGCGUGUUUGAAAUUGUUUGUGCCACUGUCCAUUUAAAUAAUAGAUUUUUGUUUGUAUGUUGUGUAGUUUAUAUCCCACCGGCGAGUUCUGAAACUGAUUACAUGAUGUUGUUUAGGUUAAUAGAAAAUAUGUGUGAUAGAUAUAGGCAAGUUAUUGUUAUUGGAGAUUUUAAUUUACAUUCUUGCCCUGUGGGUAUUAGUAAUUAUUAUGAAUACUUUGUGUCCUAUUGUGAAUUUACCCAAAGUAACAAGGUAGCCAAUAUAUUAGGGCGUCAACUGGAUUUGGUUCUGAGUACGGGUUUUAGCGCGGAGGUGUCGGUAGUGGCGGCGCGUGACGCGCUUGUGCCCGUCGACGUGCAGCACCCGCCGCUCGCGGCAACCGUGCGCCCCGCGCCCGCAUUUACUGCCCCUGCAUCUUCCUCGCGAACCGCCAAAGCUAGCACGGAGUGCGGACCGCAGUGGAACUUUUAUAAAGCCGAUUUUCAGUCAUUAUAUUCGAUGCUUGCUUCUACUGACUGGAAUUCCAUGUAUCAGAUGCAAGACUUGGAAGAAAGUUUAGAUAUGUUUUAUAAUAAAUUAGAUAAUAUCUUAGACAAAUGUGUACCUAGGAGAAAGCUUAACCGAGAAAAUUCCCGAUACGUGUAUCCCGAAUGGUACUCAGGAGAGAUCAUAAAAUACAUUAAAAUUAAAGCUAACCUUCACAAAAAGUACAAAAAAUCAAAACGUGAUUGUGAUUACAGUGAAUACGCUGAGUGUAGAGCCCGGGUUAAAAAGUUAAUAGACAUAGCACAUACAGAACACAAAAAUAAAAUUCAAAACAGAUUUGUUAAAGAUCCAAAGUCAUUCUGGCAAUAUAUAGCAUCAAAAAAGUCUAGAAUUAAUCGGCAAAGUAUAAUAAAAGAUGGUCGUAAUCUUACGGAUGAGCAAUGUGUUGUGGAGUUCGCAGGUUUUUUUGAGUCGGUAUACAACCGGGAACCACCGAAACUAGACGCGCAGGCGGCGGAGACCAGAAGUCGAGCCGGCAGUGCACGUGUACAUAUUGGGGCCUUGAGUAUAAAGGACGUGCAGACAGCGUUGAUGAACCUUAAGCCAAAGCGUUCAUCUGGCCCUGACGGAAUACCAGCAUUCCUUUUCAGAGAUUGUGCUAGAGUUUUAGUGAGCCCGCUGCAUCACGUCUUCAAUAUCUGCUUACAGCAGUCGACAUUUCCGGAUCGGUGGAAGAUCACACGAGUCGUUCCAGUGCCCAAGGAUGACCUCAAGUUGCUGCUCGAGGUUGGGGAUCAGUCUGACUGUGAGCGACUCCAGGGUGACAUAGAUAGGGUGGUGAAGUGGAGCCAGGACAAUGGGUUGUGCUUCAAUGUAUCAAAAUGCUCGAUAAUAUCCUUUACUCGUGCGCGGAAUCCUAUCUGCUAUGAGUACAUGGCGGAGGCGACAGCAUUACAGCGAGUUACACAAGUACGUGAUCUAGGAGUACAUCUUACUCCAGAUCUUACGUUUCGCGAACAUAUCGUAAAGAUAUGUAAAAAGGCUUACAGGAACCUCGGCUUUGUGCUUCGGCAGUCGCAAGGGUUCACAAACAUCACAGCGAUUAGGGUGUUAUACGAUGCACUAGUCAGAAGUCAUUUAGAAUAUGGUGGGGUUGUAUGGGCCCCACACGAAGCGAAGUACUCUGACAUGCUGGAGCGCGUACAGAAUAAGUUCGCGCGCCACUUGUACUGGAGACUGUAUGGGGUAUACCCGUUAUACCCGUUGAUGUACCCCACACUUUUUGUACUGGGUAUGGUGUCAUACAAUGAGUUGGGCGUGCGGCGACAGUUCACACUGGUCGUCUACCUAAUUAAGUUACUCCACGGCAAGCAACACAACCCCGGAGUGCUGCAGCUCUUGAGCUUUAGUGUUCCGGACCGCUAUGUGUGGAGGCGCCGGCGUCCACCGCUGCUGGCCGUCCCGGCUGCCAAGACCAACCUACUGGCCAAAACGCCUCUGACGCGAGCAAUUCGUACGAUUAACCAAAUCCAGACUGUAAUAGAUGUAUUUGCGUGUCAGUUCAAUGAACUCGCAAAGAUUAUUUUAUAUAUACUGUGUUAUAGGUUAGAGUAGUAGAUAUAGUUUUAGUGUUAAGUUGCUUUUAUUAGUCUAGGUAUUGUUAAUUUGUUAUUGUUAGUUUUGUAAAUGUAAGUAAAUGUAAGUAAAUGUCCGUAUAAAGUGCCACACUAACGCAUUAGGUUAUAUAAUUUACCUGUAAUGUUAGCUGUAAGAGUUGAAAUAAAUAAAUAAAUAAAUA